CGGACGUGCCGGCGGCGGCCGAGUUACCGGGGCUGCGGCGCCGCCUGCCCGCCCGGCUCGUACCGUCCUGCAGCCCCGCGUCGCCCGCACCCUCCGCUGCCGCCACCAUGGGAUCCUGAGGUACCCCGCCCGGCCGGCGUCGCGCCGGAGGCCCGGAGGGGGGCGGCUGCGGACGCUCGGGGGCGGGGGGCUGCUCCGUUUUGGAGAGGGUCGCGUCGGCCGCCGGUCCCCGGGUGGGGAAGGCUAGCUCAUCUCUUACUCCAAGGGUUUCUCUCAGGGGGUCUGCUGCUGUCAGGCACCAUGACAGUGAGAGGGGCUGCGCUGGCCCCAGAUCCAGCGUUGCCCACGACCACAGCAGCUUCGCCCAGCAUCUCCACGAUCCCUGAGGGCAGCCCCACUGCUAUGGAGCAGCCUGUGUUCCUGAUGACAACUGCUGCUCAAGCCAUUUCCGGCUUCUUUGUGUGGACGGCCCUGCUCAUCACCUGCCACCAGAUCUACAUGCACCUGCGCUGCUACAGCCGCCCCAACGAGCAGCGCUACAUUGUGCGUAUCCUCUUCAUCGUGCCCAUCUACGCCUUCGACUCCUGGCUCAGCCUGCUCUUCUUCACCAACGACCAGUACUACGUGUACUUUGGCACUGUCCGUGACUGCUACGAGGCCUUGGUCAUCUAUAAUUUCCUGAGCCUGUGCUAUGAAUACCUUGGGGGAGAAAGUUCCAUCAUGUCGGAGAUCAGAGGGAAGCCCAUCGAGUCCAGCUGUAUGUAUGGCACAUGCUGUCUCUGGGGCAAGACUUACUCCAUCGGAUUCCUGCGGUUCUGCAAGCAGGCCACCCUGCAGUUCUGCGUGGUGAAGCCACUCAUGGCAGUCACCACUGUCAUCCUCCAGGCCUUUGGCAAGUACCGGGACGGAGACUUUGACGUCACCAGUGGCUACCUCUAUGUCACCAUCAUCUACAAUGUGUCAGUCAGCCUGGCCCUCUAUGCCCUCUUCCUCUUCUACUUUGCCACCCGGGAGCUGCUCAGCCCCUACAGCCCCGUCCUCAAGUUCUUCAUGGUCAAGUCCGUCAUCUUUCUAUCCUUCUGGCAAGGCAUGCUUCUGGCCAUUCUGGAGAAGUGCGGGGCGAUCCCCAAGAUCCACUCGGCCCGCGUGUCCGUGGGCGAGGGCACCGUGGCUGCUGGCUACCAGGACUUCAUCAUCUGCGUGGAGAUGUUCUUCGCAGCCCUAGCCCUGCGGCACGCCUUCACCUAUAAGGUCUAUGCUGACAAGAGGCUGGACGCGCAAGUGCCGACAUACGGCCCUUACGGCCGCUGCGCCCCCAUGAAGAGCAUUUCCAGCAGCCUCAAGGAGACCAUGAACCCACAUGACAUCGUGCAGGAUGCCAUCCACAACUUCUCACCUGCCUACCAGCAGUACACGCAGCAGUCCACCCUGGAGCCCGGGCCUACCUGGCGCGGUGGCGCCCACGGCCUCUCCCGCUCCCACAGCCUCAGUGGCGCUCGUGACAAUGAGAAGACUCUCCUGCUCAGCUCUGAUGAUGAGUUCUAGGUGUGGGCUGCUGGUGGCGGGAUUGGUGGCUUGGCUGAGGGCAGGCUGUGCCCAGCUCCAGCCUCACCGCCAGCUGGGAGGUGGCUGGCAUGGCUUUGGCGUUGCCCUUUAUUUAUUGGACCAGAAACACAAUAUCACUUCCAGAGGAAAUACCAGAGCUGUCUGCCCAGGGGACAGCCCAGGCUCUCCCACGAGCCUUCAGGAAUAUUUAUGCGCAGCCAACCCUGCACUGCCCCGGCAAGGGGCAGAGGACACUGGGAGCAGCUCCCAUGCCCCUGCUGCUUGCCCUGUAGUGAGGGUAUGCUGGGCCCAGCCGCACCCGGGCCCAAAUGCUUGUGUGUGGACCAGCAGCUACAGCCUUCUAAGCCCCUGCCCCCAUGAGACCCUCCUGCUGAGGUUGGCAGGCCUCAGCCCACCCCACACCGUGCAAUACUCUGCUCUGGGCUCUCCCCCGUGUGCUCCCCUCCCCUGCCCGCCUUUGUCCAAUGCUAGAUUUGCUUCACCCCUGGCAGGAGGAGGGAAUGUGGACACUCUGUGGACCCCCCUCCUGACCCAGGCCUGCCUGGCAUGCUGCAAGGAUCAGAGCCAGACACCAAGAGCCAUGGGUCCCUCCUAGGAUGGUGCUCAGGUGCCUCUGGGCCCUUCUUCUGUUGAAGCAGGGGUCUGUGGGCCUCUGGGUGUCCUCACCAUGGUUGCGCCUCUACUCCUGCCCCUUCCUCCUGGCCUGCAGGGACAGCCAGCAACCUGCACUGCCCUCAUCUGGCCCUUCCUCUUGCUAGAGUUUUGGCUUUGCUUCCUGGCUACUCCAGGGGUCGGGGCCUUCCAACCCUCCUUCCCAGGCAGGGCAGUAGGAACCUCUGCUGGAUCCUGGCCCCUUCCUGGAGCUUCUCUCUCCCAUUUCAGAGGAAAGGUCUGAGUCUCCACAUUCAGACCAGCUUGCAGAGGAAGACAGUCCAGUAGGGAGGAUGGAAGGGAUGGCCAUACAGCGGGGAGCUGGGAGGUGGGAGGAGUGGUUGCAGACUCCUCUCCUGGGCCCCUAGCCACGUAGGGCCUGGUGUUCUGCCUUGUCUGGCCCCCAGCCCAUCUCUGUGCCUUAGUCACAUAUGAAAGCUCCCCUUCCUAGCCCCAGGUCUGUUCCAGACUCCCUGGGGGCUCUUAAGCUGCUGGCACUCAGAGGAUCCUACAGUGCUGGGCCAAAUGCCCUUGGACAGGCCUCAGAAGUGGCCAGGACCACCAGUCCCCUCCCCUCACCCCCCACCACACCCAUAUACCUGGAGCCUCCCAGGGCUGGAGCCCCCAGGCAGGCCGGGCUUAUACUGGCCACUGCCUUAGGAAGAGCCUCAUGACGCAAUGCCUGUUCAUUACAGGCCAAGUGCCCUGGCAUCUGAAACCCCGAUAGUACUUGGGUUUGGGCUACAAAAGCCUGGAGAAAUGGGUAGGAUAAGGGAGAAGGGCCCUGCCUGUGGCAAUCACCUGGAAUCUCUUUUGGUUACUCCUAGAACGGACAGGCUCCCUACCUGGGAUCCAUGAGCAGGUCAGGGUGGUAUGGUUCCAUCCCAGCAGUCUUCCUGGCCUCCUUCCUUCCCUCUUGGCCAAGCCAGCCCCUCGGGGAUACAGAGGCCUGCAUGUGGGGUACUGGAGACCAGUUCUCCGACCCCUGUCCAGGUGGGCCUGCCUAGCUGGUCCUGGCCGCCCAGGAAGGCGGCUGGCAGGGGCAUGCCAUUGGAGGAGCAGUGCUGGUUCACUCCCUGCACUUGCUUCUCUGACUGGUUUCCCGCUUUCCUUCCAGGCCAAAGUGUGUCACUGACUCCUGCUCCCUGGGUCUGCCAGCCCGGGCACUUGCCUGCU